AUGAACGGUCUUAACUCCAUUUUACAGGCUCUCAUCUCCCGGUUGGAACCAUCUUCCACCUUCAACAAUCAACCUACAAGCUCUAGUGCACUUCCUUCUCAACCCUUACCUAACCCCAAAGGAGGAAUCAAUGCCAUCACUUUGAGGUCCGGAAUUACACUGCAAGAGAGGAGUCAGGAAGAGCCAAGCUCAAAAGCAGACAUUCUAGUUGAAGGCAUUGUUGAGGUAGAGGAUAUUGAAGAGGAGGAUGUAGUACGAGAAGUGGUUGAAGAAGAAGCGGCUCAACCAAGGAAUGAAGCACCAAAGGGCACUGAAGCUACAGGGAACACCAUUCCUCUCCCAUUUCCACACCUUGCUAGGAAGCCCAAAAAGCAGAUAGAGCUAGAUCCCAAGAUGGUGGAGAUUUUCAAAAAGGUUGAGGUAACUAUUCCACUUUUUGAUGCAAUUCACCAGGUAACUAAAUAUGCUAAAUUUCUGAAGGAUCUAUGCAUGCAUAAAGACAAAAUACAUGAUCUAAAAACUAUUCCUCUAGGUAGCUCUAUUUCUGCUUUAAAGGGUGCCAUACUUGAAAAAUAUAGGGAUUCCGGCCCAUGCACGGUUACUUGUACUAUUGAUGGUAUCCAAAUUUUUUACUGCAUGUGUGAGUUAGCUGCAUGUGUAAGUAUUAUGCCAUUAUCUGUUUAUGAUGCUUUGAGGCUCCAUCUCUUAAAAAGGUCGGCAUCACGUUUUAUUUUGGCAGAUAAAAGCAUAAUCUCGGUGGUUGGAAUCGCUGAGGACGUGCUGAUGAGCAUUAAGGGGCUAACGUUCCCUAUUGACUUCUACAUUUUGGAGAUGCCCCCUAAUGACUCAGGAAGACCAUCAUCCUUCCUGCUUGGAAGGCCAUUUUUGAAGACUUCAAAGUUCAAAUUGGAUGCCUUCUCAGGCACUUACUCUUUUGAGAUAGAUGGCAGAACAGUGAGCUUCAAUCUGGAUGAAGCUAUGAAGCACCCACCAGAAGAGCACUCCAUCUUCCAGUGCGAUAUUAUUGAUGAGACCGUGGCUAAAGUUCAUUAA